UCGUCGAGGGUAAACUCUAUACUGAGCUGGGUGGUAGUGUGGCAGUAUAUUUUCACAUUUCGUUUGAAGGCGUCGCCGUCGCCGGCUUAGUGAUUAUUUAUCAGAACAAAAAUCCAAAUUUGUAUUUAUUCUGACAGUUUUGAAUACAAACAAAAAAAUAAUAUGGCAACGAAUGCUGGCUACGAUGAUAAUGGUGAUACAAUCGAAGCAGCGCGGGUAGGCUCAAACAAUGCAAGUGAUUUCUCAUCAUAUUCAGCACAGCAAAGAGUGCCAGCGACCAUCGCUUACAGUAAUGACCCACAAAUUGCCCCAAAUGAAGGAACACAUUUGAAAUCAGCAAGACAAGCAUAUUUCAGUGAUGAAAAAAUUCUAAUACCCGAAAUUGAAAAGGUCGGAUUCAGCUUUAGAAAACUAUGGGCUUUCACUGGUCCAGGGUUUCUUAUGUCAAUUGCUUAUCUCGAUCCCGGUAACAUCGAAUCUGAUCUUCAAAGUGGUGCAGCAGCCAAGUAUAAGAUACUAUGGGUUCUUUUCGCCGCUACAAUCCUGGGAUUGCUAAUGCAGCGGUUAUCAGCAAGAUUAGGGGUAGUAACAGGCUUGCAUUUAGCAGAAAUGUGCUACAGGCAGUACAAGAAACUUCCACGCUUCGUACUUUGGAUAAUGAUCGAAAUUGCGAUAAUUGGUUCCGAUAUGCAAGAGGUUAUUGGCACAGCAAUUGCGAUAUACCUUUUAUCAAAUAAAGUUAUACCAUUGUGGGGUGGAACGCUUAUCACCAUUAUUGACACGUUUACGUUUUUAUUCUUGGACAAAUAUGGCCUGAGAAAACUUGAAUUGCUUUUUGGCGUACUUAUAACUGUGAUGGCUGUGACAUUUAGCUUUGAGUAUGUUGUCUCAAAACCUGAUCAAAUUGAAGUCUUAAAGGGAAUGUUCAUCCCUUGGUGUAGUGGAUGCGAUUCCAAAGUUUUUCUCCAGGCAGUUGGAGUUGUUGGAGCUGUCAUAAUGCCACAUAACUUAUACCUGCAUUCAGCCUUGGUUAAGUCUCGUGAUGUUGACCGAACUAAGACAAAUAAAGUUCGUGAAGCAAAUUACUAUUUCUUCAUUGAGGCAACCGUUGCUCUUCUAGUGUCACUUGUCAUCAAUGUUUUUGUUGUGGCUGUAUUUGCUCAUGGUCUGUAUGGAAAGACUAACCAAGAAGUGCUCGAUGUUUGUGUUAAUCAAACGAUGUAUCCUGAUGCCCAACAUUCAUUUGUUGAUAACAACAAUGGAACGGAUAUAGUUAAUGCUGAUUUGUACAAGGCUGGCCUAUUCUUAGGUUGUACAUUUGGGGCAGCUGCAAUGAUUAUAUGGGCUGUGGGAAUAUUAGCUGCCGGUCAAAGUUCAACAAUGACAGGAACCUAUGCUGGUCAAUUUUGUAUGGAAGGAUUUCUCAAUUUGCAAUGGCCUCGGUGGAAGAGAGUUUUCGUUACACGUUUCAUUGCAAUCGUUCCCACAUUUUGUGUUGCAUUCUUUAGUAAAAUUGAAGAUCUUACCGGUAUGAAUGAUAUAUUGAAUGCAGUCAUGAUGCUGCAGUUACCAUUUGCUGUUAUACCAACGGUUGCCUUUACGUCAUCCGUUGCCAUUAUGGGUGAUUUUGUAAAUGGAUUGGCAAAUAAAAUAUUUUCGAUUAUUGUUUGUAUAGUCGUAAUAGGAAUUAAUCUAUAUUUUGUUAUUGAUCAAGUACGAGGUGCUGAUUUGGACACUUUGCUACUUGUGUUGAUUUGCAUAUUUUCUAUUCUGUAUUUGUUGUUUAAUAUUUAUCUCGUGAUACACAUGUCGGCAUGCAUGGGCAGCCAAAGAAUCAAUGACAGUCCGUGGGUUAAAAGACUGGUACUACCGUCGCAGGACGGUUUCUCCAUGAAUGGUGUUAGUUCGCCGUACGCAAGAAUGGAUGUGCAAGAUGAUGCAUAGCCACUAUUGAACGAUACUGAUUCAGAUAGUUAUGAGAUAAGUUAGCAAUUAACUGCUUGUCUUAAUUGUUUGCACUUCGUACAAUAAUUUACUUAAAUAUAAAAAUUAAAAAAAAAAAACUUAGAAAAUUUCACACCGUGACAUGAAAGCGUAAGGACACUUUUUUACACUUUUAUAUAUUUUUUGAAGUGACCAAACACAAAAUUAAAAUUAUUGAAAGGCUGCGUAUUUAUAAAUAUUUUAAAUGAAAUUCCAUAACUACGAACGCGUUCUUUCAGAAUAUUAAGAAGAGAAGUGUCAGAAACAAAGAUCACCUUUUUUUCUAUAUCACGGUACGAAAUUCUUUUUUUUUUUAAUACAUUUUUGUGUACACCCUUAAAAUUAUUAAUAUUGCAUACAAAAAUUAUAAAUAAAAAUCAAGAGAAAGAAUUUGUAUGUUUGUGAAACAAAAAAAUGAGUCAGAUAUCGUAUUUUUAAAUUUUAUCCUUUAAACUUAAAUUUGCCCAUUGUCUGUUGCAUUUUAAAAAUGUCUAACGAGAUUGAAAUGAAUGUUUUUAUUUAUUUUUUAAAUUGAAAAUUGUAUGCUACAUCACUUAUAAGAUAAGUUACAUGAAACACAAAAUUGUAUAUUAUUUUUAAACAAACCUCAUCACACAAUUCAUAGUAAACAACAAACGUAUUAUUAAAGUAAUAGCGAAAUAAUGAGGCACUAGACGGGCUUUUCAACUUUAACAAUGAACAUAUUAAAAUAGUCUUUUUCAAAGAAAAAUCCUUUCUAUUUGCUUCUAAGAAUAAAAUACGAGUAUAUAAGAAAUUAUAAUUUAGUUCAACUUUUUCAAAAUUAUGUUUUUAGACAAACACGAUAAAAAUCUGCGUUCUUUGUUGCUUUAAUGAACCAAUCAAUUUUAUAGAAUGUAUGCCUGCUUAAUUUUGAGUAGUCCCCGAAUGUUCAUAAACGUCAGACAAAAAUUAGAAAUGGCCGCCGCGAGAUGUUUUUAUUUAGUUUUUAAGAACAUUAUGUUCAACAAUGAUUUUUCUUAGAACUUAAUUAUUUUUGUAUGAUAAUUCUUUUUUGGAGAAUUUGUUUUACAUGAGAAUUAUUUUUUCAGUUAAAUAUUAAAUCUUUCUUCCACAUUGUUUGCACUUCAUAUUUUGUUUUUAUCUCUUGCUUUCUGCAGUCGACAAAAUAUGGAUGCACAAUCUGCCCGGCUCCGCUGACGUCAUUUAUGACGUUUAUGUUUUCUGUCAUUUAUGAUGUUCAUAUUUUCAGCAAUUUAUCUGCGUUUAUUUGAUCACAAAUCUGACUUUAUGAACAUGUCUGACGAAGAUCUAAGGGCCCAACUAUAAUAGACUGAAAAGAGCUUAAGCCAGCUUAAGGGAACGAACCAAUACGUAGCCUUAUAUUUCACUACCCUUAAUAGACGUUCUGCUCAGUUUCGUUAACUUUCGCGCAAUUACGCAAGACAUUUAAAUGGUUAGAGCUUAAGCAAAUGUCAAAUUUGAAAAGCAUUUCGUUUGAAAUUUGCUUAAGUUACUUGAAUCCAUUAUGGUUACUUUUUAUUUUGAAAUAUAACUUCUGAUAACUUUUCGUUCGGUUUUGACAUUAGCUUACUUUCGGUUAAGUCUAUUAUAGUUGGGGCUUAAGGGGCUAGGCAGACUUGCAUGAAAACACAUCGUUUUAAGAUAACGGGCUUGCAAUACGUUGUAUUUUUCUACGUUUUUAAUAAAUGUCAAAAUUAUCAAAAUCAAAUGUUAUAGAUUAUGUACGUUACGCACCAAACAUAAAUAUGCAUUUUAAAUACUGAAAUCUACCUAAUCUUCCUUCAAAAAUAAGAACAUGUCAUUAUUUUAACUUUGCAAUAUGCUAUCUGACUACGCAUAAUGGGCAUUUUCAGACAACACAAGGCACUUCAUUUGUAGUCAAAUUCAUUUGACCAAGGCAAUAAGGUGGUCUUUCAUAUGUCAGCAGUUUCAAACUUGGAACUUUAUUUUACUAACGUCUACCUUUAGUUGAUGAUGUUAAAAGUACCAACAUCAUCUCUUAAUAUUUACAAAAACUAAACUCCUCAGGCAAGGUAAAAGUCAAUUUUGGGUGGUUUUUUGCAUUGUAUAGAAAUAUUACUUUUUUUUUAGUUUAACAACUAAUCUUUUUGUACAAAACGUUAAACAGAAUUGUGCAUAAGAUAAAUAAAUCACCUAGUAAUAAAGUUAAGCUUUCUGUUGAAUGAAAAACAUACUUAGUUGUCAUUUUGACAUUAGUAAACUUGAUUUUUUUUAACUUUAAAAAUCAACUUUCAAAUAAUGUUGCCGCAUUUGGCAGAAUAUUUUGUCACAGCUGGCCAAUCAGAAACCAGAAACUUGCCUUGCCUUUAAGUUUUUUUAAAUCUGAACUUGCCCAAUGUAAGUGUCACUUUAGACGUUAACAGAUUCGUUAAGUUAUUUAUCUGAAAAUGUUGAUGAUUACAUUAAGUCAGUUACAGUUGACGAAGAAUAGUAAGUGAAACAAAUAUGUUUUGUGUGUUGAAGGUGAAUUUCGAUAUAGAGGUAAUAUUGGCUGUGAAAUGUUUGAAAAAUUAACUCUAAUCCUAAACUGAAACCUUAAAAAUUAAAAACACAUGUUUAUAAAACAAUCUUUGGAGAUAUGAUAAACUUUUCUUUAGAUGCCCAAAUUACUGGAAUUUAAGUUUUCUGAUUAAAAAUAAAGAUCUCAAGAAAGCUUUCAAAAAUAGUCAAAUAUAAAAAUUAUAUUUUUGAUUUCUUCUUUAUUUAUUGUAAGUUGAAAUUCUCACAAGUGCAGUUUCAUUACAAAACAAGACGAUGGUUCUUAACGAAAAGUU